AAGGUUGGGGAGGUCUUCAUGCGACUCUGCCCAUUCGAACGUCGGUCGUAGCCACGCAGGUGUAGUGCAGGAAAAAAAAGAAAGAAUAAAAGAGAGAGAGAGAACGUAGACUUUUCCGAAACAUGGAGAGCGCCGGGUUUCGUCCUCCUCGCCGGCCCCGAUUUCAGCGUAUCUGAUUGACACAUUGCAAUGAAUUUCCCGCCAUUCGGAGGCCACUUUCCUGGUACCAUACCGAGUAUCCACCAGUUUACAACAGAGGGCUCGGGGGGUGCCAGUGGACGCUACGGCAAUCACUUUCCAAACCAGCCUCCCAUAGGAGUGCCAGUUGUGAGCAAGUACAGGCCAGAGGCUAACAGUGUUCAGGGUCAGUCCCAAGUGAUGAUGAACAACAAAGCAGCCUACUCCAACAGCAAUGUUCACCACUACUCCAAUGUGCCCUACUCGCAGGCCCAAGCAGUGCAGCAGAGACCUUCCAAUUCUCCCAGUAUGCAGGAGAAACGCUCUUAUCACCAGACAACGGAUACUAUAAAUCAGCAGGAUGUCUGCAAUCUCCUGCAGGAUGCCAAGGAUAAAAACAACAAGGAUAAGCAAAAGCAGGCAGCGGAGGAACAGCAGCAGCAACAACAGCAACAACGCACAAACGGUGAGGCGACAACGAACGGCAACAAUCAGCAGGACUACAUGCAACAGCAGCAUCAUCAACAGCACGCGCACACGCAGACGCCGGCCUCGAUGCCGGCAACCUGGCAAUCCCUGGCGACUCCUGGUUCAACGGUCGCCGACUAUCUGAGUCACUUGCCAGCCAGCACACUGCCCCUGAGUUUGCAUCACUUCCUCAAGUACUCGGCCGAGAGUAUCAAGAAAGAGUCUGAGAUGGCCCAGACAACAACGUCAGUCGCAGCUGCCACCACUACUACACCCAACAUCAUGAUGUCACCGAGCAAUAAAAAGAAGAAAAAGAAGAAGGCACCCAAAGAGAAAAAACCUCGUCCCAAGCCAGGUGAAAUAAGACUAACCACUGCCUUAGACGGUUCGACCCUCUACUGUUGCCCAGAGUGUCACAUGGCAUACCCAGAACGUGAGCUUCUGGAGCAGCAUCUCUUAGGUCAUACGUUGGAGCGACGAUUCGUUUGCGAUAUUUGCGGUGCUGGACUUAAGCGCAAGGAUCAUUUGACACGCCAUAAGCAGAGCCAUAAUCCGGAACGGCCAUAUGUCUGCACGGUGUGUUUGAAGGCCUUCAAGAGGAAGGAGCAGCUGACGCUGCAUUUCGUGAUACACAGCGGCGAGAAGCGCCACGUGUGCACCGAGUGCGGCAAAGGCUUCUACAGGAAGGAUCAUCUCAGGAAGCAUACCAGGAGCCACAUUGCUAGGCGGGUCAAGGCUGAACUCAGCCAGAAUGCCGGUAACCAGCAAGGUCAGCAACAAAAUAGCGUGACGAGUAGCUUGCAAUCAGGUGGUGGCUCAACUGGUAAUUCAGCUGGUGGAUCAGUUAUGUCGGCGGGUGGAGGUCAUCCAGGAGGACUUCUAUCCUGAGCCCCGCCACCAGGGAACUUCCAGGUUCCCCAUCCGGCCAACCUGCUCCACUCGCAUGCUUCGACGAACGGCAGUACUGUCAGUAGUGUCGCUGCAUCGGUCCAUCAUACACUUGCGGCAGCCCAUCACCAUCAUGCCCAACAGUUAGCCGCAGCUGUGGCCGCCGCCGCAGCGACGAACUCCGGUGCAACCGGGGCGACCAGUGGUUACCAGGCUGCGGCCGCUGUUGCUCAUGAGCUUGGUAACUUUCUUGGCAGUCACGCCAAAGACUUCUGAGAACGGCCUGCCUAGCAUCCCCAGACCAACCAAAAGACCUGGAGGUAACGAGUUGCUCUGGUGAUACGUCUACACAUUCGGCGAGGUACGAGCAAUACUGUAUGCUAUCGAAACGUGUUCGUCUAUACGGUUAAGUUGCAGCGAUAGCUGCUACUGCUGCUGCUUUCUUGGUUUUUCGCGUCUCGAUUGCAGGCUUCUCUGCACGACCCUAGUGGAAAAAUACUCAAGCUUUUUUAAAGUACUUCAAAAAGUUUUGCUUUGAUAAAGCAAGCAAUUAUUUUAAACGGCAGAAAAAUUUCAUUUGUUAAAAUAUUUUUAUCAUACUUACAUUGUUAUAACUAACAGUAGGUUAAAGAGUAGCUGUUUGUGCCAUUAGAAAGAUCGUUGAAUUUUUGAAAAUGGUAAGCAUUUUUCUACUAGGAUUCAACAGUAGCAUAGACUACUUCCGUUGCCUUAAGCCAAAGGAAUGCGAAAGUAAUCCACUCAUUCUAAUGUUGGUCGGACAUUGGUUCAACUUUGAAACAAAAUGCAGACAAAACACUACAGAUCGUUUAAGGUACAGCCGAUAUAAACGAGAUACAAAGAAAACUUGAAUAGUUAAUCAAGUUGUACUGCAUUGCACUACUAAAGCGUAUACGUGUAAGGAUACCAAAUUUCUCCUUAGAGACUUAAGUUAAAAGUCAAAAGCGAGAGAUUAUCGCUCAAUACUGCAAAUAAUAAAAGAAAGAGAGCGAAAAAUGUGAGGAAGAAAAAAAUAUUUUUAUGAUAGCUCGACGUAAACUUGAACAUUUCCUUUGUAAAGGUGAAAAGAUAAACGAUUAAAUGAUAAAAGUUGGUGAUGCAUUAGUGCAAAGAAAAGUGCAACGUGUUUAUUAAAGUUUUUCUUCCUGUUUUUUUAUUUUCUAAUUUUUUAUAUUUUCGUUGUUGUACUAUAUUGCUUUACUAGUUUUUAUUUUUUUACUCACGUUAUGCAUAAUUAUUACCCUUGUGUCGUUGUUAAUUAUACUGCUAUUCUGAUCUCAGAUUUACUUGUAGACUGAACUUUUUUAUAAAGACAGUUCUUUCACUAAAAUAUUGAGUAAAAGUGGUUCUAUCUGAUUUUCCGAAAAAGUAAGCUUUUGUCCGGGCGAUCACUAUGUACGUCGAGGUUUUAAUUUUCAAAUUAAUGUAAAUGCAACACGAGAUAACUGAUAAAAUCCUUACUGAAAAUAAGAGAGAAAAGAAACACACAUAAAUCGUACUAAAACAAGGCCUUAGCACAGUACUAUAAAAUAAGAUAGUGAAAACAGCGGUGAAGUCGUGGCAAUAUUGCAUGUAAAAUCGGUAACGAGAUCCGUUUCUGAUGUGCAUUUUUUAUCUUGUAAACUUUUCUUUUCAUAACAAAAUGUAUAGGCAAAGAAAGAGGUUGAAGACAGUAUUUUAUAUUUUAUGCCAGCGCUUUGAUAAAAAAAGAAGUAAAUUUUCAUCGUCCUUUAAUCGGCUAAGUAUAAAUAUAGCGAGUAAGUCUGAUUUUUUUACGAUUUUAAAAAAUUCGUAUUCAAGCGACUUGACAAUGUUGCUUUAUAAAUUUUGAAUUUCUAACAUAAUAUUCUUAUGUUUAUAUUAAACGUUAUUCUUUCACAAGGAUUGUUUCGUAGAUCUUUAAUUUCGUUGAAAAAUGAUUAAUUUUAAUAGGUUCCUAAUGCAUUGGGAACGCUUAGCAUUAAAUAAUUUUGGAUGCAUCUUAUUCAAAUCGUCAAUUUGGGUUAUUUUUAAAACAGAAGAUUUUUUAAAAUUUCAUUCUCUACAGUUACAUGAAAAAAUUCUUGUAUUCAUAGUGUAUAUGAAUUCCUUAAAUACUAAUAUAUCUGUGCCAUUUUUCUGCCAUGAUUCAUCUUGCCGCGUUUAUGGUCUUGUCAUUAUAAUUGACUCUGUAAACAUAGUAAUAUUUAGGAAGUAUUUGUAGAUAUACGUACGGCGCGAUCUCUUGAGUUGAUUGAAAUAGUGUCAAGACUGUUGUAACAAAAUUAUUUCUAAAACAAUUUUUUCUGUAUUUUCCGAAAAUACACUUUUUAUAUUUAAUUUUUCUAAAUGCAUUUACGCCUGUAAGGAACUACAUUUUAUCAGUAGAAUCGUUGCAUGAAUUUGCUUUUUUCCGUUAUUGUUGUAUUUUAUCGUUUACAGUGGCAUUAUUUACCUUCAUUACCUCUGUGCGCAAGUUUAUGCUUCGUUUUCAUAUGGAUCCUCAUUCUAACGUGCCUAAUAGUACUGUAUAACAUUUUACGUUCCAUUCUAGUCGGUCGGCAACCAACAACUAACCUCCAGUAAAUAGCUCAAUUAUUUUUAAUAGUUCAUAGUUCAUUAAAUAUCCGUCAAAUGCUUGCAACGAUUCUAUACUGAGUUGUGUUAAUUACGAACGUUUUUUUAAGCCGUAUUAGCGAAAAUGAAAAAACCAAACGGCUGGGUCAUGUAUAUUUGCACGAUUUCAUAAUUUUAUAACGCGUAUAAUUCAAUGUGCAAUUUGAACAUUUUUAUUUCGAUAUAUGCCUCGAAUGAAAUUCUUAUUUGAAUCUUACAUUUUUAUUACUAUUUAGGCACUUCUAAGUGCGGUACAGACUAUUAAUAAAGGGAAAUUCAGGUUUCGUCAGACCUCAACGUUAAGAAUAUGCUAUAAAUGACUAUAGUUAUACAUAGCAAGUAACUGAAAGCUGCAUAUUAUAUUAUAAAUAUAUAAAUAUAUAUAUAAAUAUAAAAAGGAUGAGCUGUAUUAAAAUACUCCAAUGCCACUUGUAACCAUUGAUAAAGAAAAGGGAGUUAAAAGAGAAAAAGUACACUUUAGAUUGUACGUGUAGUUCGUAAGUUUGUAUACAAAAAAAUAAAGCGUUACUUAAUAAGUUAAAUAGUGAGCGUGCACGAAAACCGUAGAUCAUAUGCCAGAUCAAAUGGUCGAAUGUUUGUAGAUGUAUUUGUGAAAUGAAAAAAAAUAAUAAUGAUAAUGGAGAGAUACAGUCUUGUGAAUGGAACGGAUAUAUAUUUUAGGAGGUACUAACAUAUUUUUGCAUUUAAAAAACUUAUUUCGGAAAAAAAAGGUUUAUGCAUUAAAAUUUUUCAAACAGAAUGUUGUUUUCAUUAUAUUUUAUCUUUGAAAGUGAAACGAAGUUAGUUUUUGUAUUUUUCGGGAAAGUUUUACAAGUCUUGUACCUUCUCAAAAAGGUGGUGACGCAUAGCUUUAUGAUUUCUGAAAAAAAAAUCAGAAAGGAGGUACAGCAGAGAAUAUAGUUCAAAUAUAGAAUUGACUUGAUUUAAUCCAGUGAAAACAUGAAAAUCCGUCGGAUUGUUUAGCGAGCGAUCAAGAAUGUGAUUGCUAUUGUUCUUCCUAAUUCCUUUGUACUGUACUUCAUUUAUAAUUUACUAACAUAUUCUUAAGUUGCUAUCAAUUUUCACCCAUUAUUUUUGAAUGAAUCCGAAGUAUGCUUUGUAACCAUGCAAAGCUAAAAAAGCAAAAUAGAAAUCAUGUAGAUAGCAUAUUUUUAAUAAACAUAGAAUGCCAUAUUGCUUCUUUCAAAACAUAAUAUUUUAGAUUUUCUAUUUUGUAAAAUCGACAAAUCGGCGUUUUAUAUACAUCAAAAAGAGAAAGAUACAAAAUCAAAUCUUUUCUAAUAUUUUUAGAUUUCAUGAACACUUAAAAUUAAUGCAUUUAACUAAGCCACAAAAACUAUAAAUCAAUAGCUAUGUACAUUAAAAUACAAACGUCAAUUGACCCAAAUAUUGGUAUACACAAAAAGAUAUUUCUUUCAUAAUCCUAAAAUAAAAGAACUGUCCAAAAACAACAUAAACGCUACAUCGUAGAAUCAUUAAAUUUCUCUGUAUGCGCUUCAAAAUAUAAUGACAAAAAAACCAAGGCUUUCUUUCAAUGAGCUUUCGCAACGAUGCGGAGUGUAGUAUGCGUAAAUGAGCGACUGAAUGUGCAAAAAAAAAAUGCGCGACGAAAACAAAACAAAAAGAAAUGAUAAAAGCGAGGCAGCGGAAAGCAUAUUUUUCUACGCAGUGUCCAUGCUCUUUGAUAAGGCGUUAACAAGAAAUACUUAAAAAAAAAGUAAUAAACUUUAAUAAAGGGAAAUAAUAAAAAAAAGUGUUGUAUGUGCAUGAUAAUGAAGGAUAUUUGCGUAUACGUUAUGAAAUGUCGAAUUUUUGCAUUUGGUUUAGUUAUGUCAAACACAUAUCCAAUAUGUAAGAGAUUUUUUUCUAUGAUAAAUAGCAAAAAUGUUUUUAGAAGCAAAAAAUAAUUGCAAAAUAUAUUUUCGUAAAAAUGUGGUAGAGACGGCGAAACAUUUUAUUUUUGCAUAAUAAAUCAUAACUUGUUAAAUGUGAUAGAACCGCAAUAUAGACUGUAUUUAACAAGAAAAUAAUAUGAUUUUCAUUUAGCUGAACAUUUUAUUUAUCAUAGCAAAAGAAUCGCUGUACGAUUGUAUUAAUUCAAAUGUUUUGAUAAUUAGAUAUUUUCUGCAAUCAGACCGAGUAGAGUGAUUUUUGGUAACUACAUUGUGAUGAAUAACGAAUUGAUUAUUAUGAAUGAUUGUGAAUCCCAUUUCGAACUGCGCAAAAUAAUUAAAAUUACAUCAGCCUGCCAUUCAUAACGACAUUUUUCAAUCAUAUGAAGAAAAAGAUUUUACCUGCAUUAGCUUUUUAGCUUUGUACUUAAGAAAACAAGCAAGAUAUGUAUUUUUAACGUAGAAGUGAAGUCCUUCAUACGUUACAGCGGUCUUUUUUUACAGAAAAAAUAACAGUAGCAUUGACAAUAAGAAAUAACUUACCGGAUUUUUAAUCCAAACAAGAGAUGAAUAUUUCAGCUUAUCAUAUAGAGCCCAGGUUCAUUUGACAAAUGUUUUCUGCGUAAUUUUAAAAGAUAUUACCACAAAAAAAAUAGAGAAACUAAUAUAAAUAUAAAGAAAAACUGCAAGUUAUUGUAAAACAACAGUUUAAAAUAAAGAAAGUGUUGAGAAUGCGAGAUAAGUGCGUGAAAAUAGACGGUGGAAGGAGCAACGAUGGAAAACGCGAAGAUAUACAAAUUCCUCGACAUAGUACAAAGCAUUUAAACUCUUUUUCAAUAGAUUAGCGUGUAAAAAAUGAAGUAAAAAAAAGAUACAUAAACAAUAGUACGAGCAAUAGUUUUCGUGCGCGAAUGCCUUGAACGUUUCAAAAAGAUUCAUUUCUUGAUUUUCAUGGAUUGUGAAUAUUAUAUGAUAAAGAUCUAAAAACCAAUUGUACAAAAGAACAAGUAUACUUUGGAAGUAUUUCGAAAAAAAUUUAAUUUUAACUUUUGUAAAUCAUUACGUUUUGUUGAAAACGUUCGUUAAACCAAUAAAUGCAUAGUGACAAACGAAAAAUAUUCAUAAAAAUUUUUUGUAACCUGUUUCAAGCCAACAGUUUGUAAAUAAGCAAUCUAGACUUUGUUUUGUGCAAUGCUGACUUUACAGAUGAUUGCAAAGCUUUAAUACAAAUGCGUAUCAUGAUUUAUGAUUUAAACUUAGACAACGUUGUAGCCUUUUUUCGUGAUAUUAUUUUUUAACUAUGAAGGAGAUAAUUUUUAGUACAGUGCAUGUUUAUGCAUUCACAUAUUAAGAAUUGUAUUAUUUUGAGACCUUAUUCAUAAGAAAAAUUGUGACUAUAAGCGUAAACAAAAAAGUAAGAAAAGCAGCUUUACUGGUGAGACUAUAAAAUUAAAAUCGUAGUGAUAAAGGUUAUAAACACUGCGAUCGAUGUAGCGCGUAUCUUUGAUUAUACGCAGACCGUAGUGUGCGUUAGGACAGAGAAAAGAAGUGCAGUUGUCGCGUAAUGUUAAAGAAGCACAAUUAUUAAGAGACAAAAACCGAGUGCGUGAUAAAAACAAAGCAACAUCACGUUUGUAAUCACGUUGACGCACGAUGCUCUCGGCAUUUUAUUUUUUAAGCAAGACUCCUGCUGAAGCAUCGGAAAAAUUCGCAUGGCGUUAAUAAUGUAUACUGCCGAAAGGAAGAAUUUGAGUAAAAAUGGUCGUGUAAAAUUGCGAUGAAAAUAAUGUAGAGAAGUUGACGUAGAUGUGAGAAACGUGGAAAAAUGAACGUUAAGUUUGUGAACGUUUUUGCAAGACAACUUCCCCAGUGCUGCUUUGUGUAAUACCUAUACAUAACAUAUAUCUAUAUAUAUGAAUAAAAAUCGUAAAAAAUU